GUCGGGGGCGGGACUGAGAGGUCCGAGAGGAAAACUAAAGAAAGGCGAGGAUCACCAAUAAAACGAUGGCUGCAAUCAGGAAGAAACUGGUGAUAGUUGGAGAUGGAGCCUGUGGAAAGACCUGUCUGCUCAUAGUGUUCAGCAAAGAUCAGUUCCCUGAGGUUUAUGUGCCCACAGUGUUUGAAAACUAUGUGGCAGAUAUUGAGGUGGAUGGUAAACAGGUGGAGCUGGCUCUGUGGGACACAGCGGGUCAGGAGGACUACGACCGCCUGAGGCCUCUCUCCUAUCCCGACACAGAUGUAAUCCUCAUGUGUUUCUCCAUUGACAGCCCUGACAGUUUGGAGAAUAUUCCAGAGAAGUGGACUCCUGAGGUCAAGCACUUCUGUCCCAACGUGCCCAUUAUUCUCGUGGGAAACAAGAAAGACCUGAGAAAUGAUGAGCACACGCGCCGAGAAUUAGCUAAGAUGAAACAGGAACCAGUGAAGUCGGACGAGGCGAGGGACAUGGCUAACCGCAUCAAUGCCUUUGGUUACUUGGAGUGCUCAGCAAAGACGAAGGAUGGAGUGCGGGAGGUGUUUGAGAUGGCCACCAGGGCAGCGCUGCAGGCCAGGAGGCGAGGCAAGAAGAGCGGCUGCUCUCUGCUAUAGAGUGUCAGGUCUCACAGGAUGGGGAGGGGGAAAUAAACUGGGCCAAAAAAAAAAACCAUCCCUCCUCUGUGUCUGCUUUGACCCAAAGGUGGACACAGAUAAACGGGGCGGUAUAGGGAUCAGAGAGAAAAGUCAAACCAGACUAAAGGGGAAAUAGAAAGGUCAAAUGCAUUGGGAAAAGGGAGUAUAAGGUUAUAGCUCUUAGCUUUCAAAUAAAAAUACUGUAAUCUUGUGUU